AAGCUUUGCGAAGCCAUUCUACUUAACGUAUUUUAACACGGCCAUGUUCUCCGUGUACUUGCUUGGUUUCUUUCGUCAGUCUUGGCGUGAUCAGAUACCUACUCGUAAUCAAUUCAGAAAGUACAUCAGCGAGCACGUCUGCAGUUGUUUCAAGAGUAGUCGCGCCCACAGCUCGACCGCUUCUAGCAGUGACAACAUCCAUCUUAUGCAAGAUGAGGAUAGGGACAUAGAUGCAGAAGAUGAAUUGCUUACGGCAUCACCGGAUACAGAGUCGUCGGUCAAUUUCAACAGCAUAGCUUGUGCGACUGACGAGAUCAAAGGAGAAACUUCACUCGUGCCAAUGACAUUCAUGGAGGUGGGUUAUCAGUUAUACUCGUUACGAGCACAUUCAUCGCAUACGCAAUAUGCUCAUUUUUGA